AUGGAACUCGAACUGGGUCAUUGCGUGGGCCGAGAUCCAUGCACACAUCAUGUGGAAUCUAUGAAUAGAUCUGGGGGCAUGGCUUUGAUGUGGAAAGAGGAAGUUAAAAUUAAGCAGGUAAUUAAAGCUGCCUUUACUAUAGAAGCUCAUGUGGAAGAUAGGGAGACAAAGACAACAUUAUGGUUCAUUGGUAUAUACGCAAGCUGUGACAAUCUAAUCAGGAAGAGUCAAUGGAAGGUUGUGAAAGAUAGGAAAAAGUUGUGGGGAGAAAAAUGGAUAAUAGCUGGGGAUUUUAAUGACAUACUUUCAAAUGAGGAGAAGUGGGAAGGCAGAUGGAGAGAAGAGAAUAGUUUCACAGACUUCAACAAUUUCAUCAAUGAUAACCAAUUGGUUGAUAUUGGUUUUGAGGGGAACCCCUGGACUUGGAGUAACAAUUGGGAGGAUGUAGGGGAAGUCAAAGAAAGACUAAAUAGAGGCCUGUGUUGCAUAGACUGGUCACUUGUUUUUGAUAAAGCCAACUGCAAACAUAUUGACACAUUUGCAUCUGACCACAGCAUAUUAAUGAUAGAUACUAAUCCAGAGACUAGGAAGAGGAAAAAAAGGUUCUAUUUUGACAAGAGAUGGCUAAAGAGAGAAGGGAUCCAGGAUGUGAUCAGAAAUGCAUGGGAAAAGAUUGUGAGGGAUCAAGAAUGUUUAGGGUCAAAUGCAAAAUCAGAAAUUGCAGAAUUGAAUUAUUAA